AUGCCUGCCCCAGUGGCUUCCCGGAAUGAUCUCUCCUCCGUCCUGAACCAAAUUGUUCUAUCUUCCUCUGACACCGACUACCUCGAUCAACUCAUCCCCUCAAUCCGUGAAUACAGCCAUGGCAACCGGACGACGCAGCUCCUACAUUCUCUCACUAAAUUCGCGGAUGACCGCGAAGCCAAGAUAGAAAGCAUCUGCAACUCGACACAUCAGGACUUCAUCUCCUCCGUCAAUCAGUUGCUCCAAGUCCGUGAAGGAACCGUUAACCUGACGCAAGAUAUCCUCGGGCUUAACCAGUCCAUCCUCGCGAGCACAAAGCGACUAGCAGAGCAGAAGAAAGUGCUAGUCGAGUCGCGGAAUCAUCGACAGAAUAUAGACGAUACCUCAAAGGCACUGCAGGAUUGUUUGGAGGUUCUACGCCUUGCGAACCAGGUUCAUGAACUGCUUGCUAAGAAGAACCACUAUGCUGCGUUGCGAGCGCUUGAUGAGCUGCAGAAUGUUCACCUCAGGGGCGUCACGCAGUAUAAGAUUGCUGAAGUGAUACAGCGAUCUGUACCGAUGACGCAGAAAGCCAUUGCUGACGCUGUCAUGGACGACCUGAAUACUUGGCUCUACCGCAUUCGUGAGAUGUCACAGUAUCUAGGAGAGCUCGCGCUAUUCCACACAGACAAGAGGAAGGAGAGACUAAAAGAUCGGAGCGAGAAGAUUCCUUACCUGUCGCAGUUCAAGCUCAAUUCGGCUAUAGAACUGGUAGCUGAUGAGAUGCAAGAAUUCGAUUUACUUUAUAAUGACGACCUUCAGGUUGACUUCACGCCGUUGCUUGAGUGUAUGCAUAUCCAUCAGUCCUUGGGCCAGAUGGACAAGUUCCAAGUUGAGUAUGCUACUACAAGAAGGCAACAGAAAGACUUGUUACUGCCUACCUCAAUCACCCUACUCGAGGAAGAGGGCUCAAGUCUCCAUACACUGCUUGAGGAAAUUGCUGGAUUUGCCUUGGUGGAGCGCACGACAAUGCAGAAGGUUCCUGAGCUGAGAUCUCCAGUAGACGUCGAGGAGCUAUGGGAUUCAAUGUGCCAGACUGCCGUUGGAUUAAUCUCCAAGGCGCUCCCUGCCGUUGACGACUCGGAGGCUAUCCUCAAAAUUAAAAAUCUCAUUACACUAUUUAUGCAAACUAUGAAUAUUGUUCAAACGGAUGACUACAUGCCAAUGCCUAUCCGGAGCGACGAGGAAUAUGAUAAAGUCUUGAAUGUGAGCUGGUACACUCCUGAAAGCCCACGAGAAGAACAAACCGAUAACUUUGACCACCCAGCCAUCAUAGAUGAAACUCUACGAAGCUCUUUAGAUGAGCUCCUCUGCAACAAAGUAUGCGAAAUGCUUACGGAGCGCCUUGGCUCCCAAUACCUUGGCCAAAUAGUCCAAAUCCUCAUCAACUUGGAGCACUUCGAGAUUGCAUGCCAGGAACUCGAGGUACUCCUUGUAGCCGCCCGGUCACCUAACUCUGGUGAUGGUCCCAUUACACUUAAUGCCACAGAAAAAUUCCGAAUGAACAAGAAAGCAGCUGAAAAGCGUAUCUUUGAGGUUGUUAAUUCAAAGAUCGACGACCUCAUCGAAACGGCUGAGUACGAGUGGAACGCACCGAAACUGCAGAUGGAACCGAGUAAUUACAUGCAGACGUUGACGAGGUUUUUGUCGAAUAUUAUGAACUCUACGCUUCUCGGUCUGCCUACCGAGAUUAAGGAGCUUAUAUACUUUGACGCCCUCAGUCAUUUGGCAAAUAUGGUUCUAGCUCUUCCUCUAGACCCCGAAGUCAAAGUGAUAAACGCGAACGGAGUAGCGGCUUUAGCCAGAGACGUAGACUACCUAUCCAAAUUUGUUGACAGUCUGGAAGUUCCUAUCCUACGCGAAAAUCUGGAUGAGCUGCAACAAACGGUGCAGUUGAUGAUGGCCGAGAACACAGAUGAGUAUUACGAUAUCGCAGUGAGGAAUAAGAAGUAUGGACGUGUCGAUCCCAUGAAUGGACCAAUUUUACUUGAAAAGUAA